GCCUGAUUUAUCUCAACUGCUCUGUGUACCCAUGAAUACACAUGAACUAGACGCAAUGACUAGCAACAUGGGCACUAUUGUAGCAAAUUAUAACUGGUUAUAAUUAAUAAUAAAUAUUUAGAUUAGAUCUUAGAAUUAACCUAACCUAACCUUAACUGUAGCCGAAUCGACAUUACAAUUAUUUGAUCUGUCCGUCCACCGAGCAGACAAGCAAGUCCACAAAGUUACUUGAAGGUAAACAUUGCCAGAAGGGUAAACUCAAGAGGAGAGUUUUGGAGGGCGUUUGUCUCAAGAAGAAGAGUUUUUGAGCGUUGAUUAGUCUGAGUUCAGAACUUUUGAUAGUUCAUUGCCGCACCCAUUUUGUGGGUGGAGUGGCCAAUCAGAGGCAUGCAUUUUGAGCGGGAGAGACUUCCUUUGUCUCCGUUUAUGGCUCAUUUGCAUUUUAUUGCUGAUCUGGAAUGCUAGUGCAGCUUUUCAUUCAAAACAUAGUAAGAAUUGUUUGAUGCAUUUCACGAUCACAUAGUGUACAUCAUUGUGUUAGAAAUAAGGAGAAGAUCAUUUUGAUACCAAGAAAGUAACCUCCAGACGAUAUUAAAGCAGAGAUACACUCAUACACUUGAAUAUAGGCAUUUAACAUCUAACUAAUACAAGUAAAGGGUUUUAACUAAGUUAAUAUAAUAGGGGAAUAUACAUACAACACAUGCAUAUAGCAGAUACAUUUAUAACUGCUUAAUUAUGGCCUAAAUAAAGACAAUGUCUUUAGGUGUGUGUGUGACGUGUAUUGGAAAUUGUGGAGACAGACAACUGGUCUGGUGCCUGGCACGGGGGUCAUUCCCUCCUCUGUGGAAUGUGUUUGAAGGGACACCAUAGAGUCGACCUGUUUAGCAUCCUUUUGAUAGUGAAAAAGACCAUCUGCAAUUUAGCACCCAUAUAAAUGUAAAUGUAAAAGGUGAGGCCAGGUCGGUAAUUUAUAUGCAAAUGUCAAAAGGCUAAAAGGGUUUUUUAAAACAAAGUGUAAUCAGCCAUCACUGAUCCUACACAGGCGUUACACUAUCUUCUCAAAUAUAUUAGAAGUUGUUGCCCCCAUCAAAUUUAAAAAGGUUAAAGAAAAAAACGUUCUGCGCCGUGGUACAACAGUAAUACCCAUUCUCUCGAGAAAUAAACUCGUAAUCUUGAGUGCAAAUGGUGAAAAACUAACUUGAAAGUUUUUAGAAUUGCGAGGAAAAACAGUAUGCCCAGCUAUAGACAGGCUCUAAAAGCUGCCAGGGCUGAGCAUAUCCACAAACUCAUCGAAAAUAACCAAAACAAUCCAAGGUUUUUAUUUAGCACAGUGGCUAGAUUAACAAAUAACCAGACGCCACCCAAUCUAAAUAUUCCCUCACAGUUAAUAGUAAUGACUUUAUGAAUUUCUUCACUGAUAAAAUAGAUAACAUCAGAAAUACAAUAAUAAUAAAUGUAGAUUCUACAGCGUCUAGUACUUCAGCUUCAUUCAUCGCACCCAAAGAAAAAAUACAGUGCUUUACAACUAUAGGACAGGAAGAGCUAAAUAAUCUUAUCACUGCAUCUAAACCAACAACAUGUCUAUUAGAUCCUGUACCCACUAUAAUUACUGAAAGAGUUGUUACCUGUAGCAGAAGAACCGCUUCUCAAUAUUAUUAACUCAUCGUUAUCUUUAGGUCACGUCCCUAAACCAUUAAAGCGGGCGGUUAUUAAACCACAACUAUAUCCUAGUGAACUGGAAAAUUACAGACCCAUUUCAAAUCGUCCAUUUAUGUCUAAAAUUUUUGAAAAAGUUGUGUUCGCUCAGUUGUGCUCCUUCCUGCGAAAAAAGGAUCUCAAUGAAGAAUUUCAGUCAGGUUUCAGGCCCCAUCACAGCACAGAAACUGUACUUGUUAAAAUUACAAAUGACUUGCUCCUUGCAUCAGACCAAAGCUGCAUCUCUUUGCUAGUUUUAGUUGAUCUUAGUGCUGUGUUAGACACUAUAGAUCAUGACAUACUCAUAGAUCGAUUACAAAACUAUACGGGUAUUCAAGGGCAGGCUUUAAGAUGGUUUAGAUCCUACCUGUCCGAUUGCUACCACUUUUUUUAUUUAAAUGGGGAGUCAUCUCAAUUAUCAUCAGUAAAGUAUGGAGUGCCACAAGAAUCUGUCCUAGGUCGUCUACAAUUUUCAAUAUACAUGUUUCCCCUUGGUAAUAUUAUUAGAAAAUAUGGGAUUAGUUUCCAUUGUUAUGCUGAUGAUACUCAAAUAUAUAUCUCAACAAGACCAGAUGAAACUUCUAAAUUAUCUAAGCUAACAGAGUGUGUUAAAAAUGAAAAAUAUUGGAUGACCAAUAAUUUUCUCCUAUUAAAUUCGGAUAAGACACAGAUAUUACUUAUUGGACCAAAAAACAAUAAACAGAAUCUCUUGGAUUACAAUUUGCAACUAGACGGAUGUACUGUUACUUCCUCUACAGUCAAAAAUCUGGGUGUUAUAUUAGACAGCACCUUGUCUUUUGAAAACCAUAUUUCCAAUGUUACAAAAACAGCAUUCUUCCAUCUUAGAAACAUUACCAAGCUACGAAACAUGUUCCUGAUACAGAAAAGCUAGUUCAUGCAUUCAUGACCUCUAGACUUUACUAUUGUAAUGCACUGCUAGGUGGUUGUCCUGCAUCUUCAAUAAUCAAGCUACAGAUUAUUACAAAAUGCAGUGGCUAGAGUCCUUACCAGGUCAGGAAAAUAUGAUCAUAUUACCCCAAUUUUACGGUCUCUGCACUGGCUACCUAUUAAGUUCCGUAUCAGUUACAUAAUAUUACUACUUACCAAUAAGGCCCUUAAUGGUUUAGCUCCUGUGUACCUAACUAGUCUUCUAUCAUGCUACAAUCCAUCCUGCUCCUUAAGGUCGCAAAACUCUCGACUUUUGGUAGUACCUAGGAUAGCAAAGUCCACUAAAGGAGGUAGAGCUUUUUCGCAUUUGGCUCCCAAACUCUGGAAUAGCCUUCCUGAUAACGUCUGCGGUUCAGACACACUCUCUCUGUUUAAAUCUAGAUUAAAGACACAUCUCUUUAGCCAAGCAUUCACAUAAUGCAUCUCAUAAUCUUGUACUGAAGUUAUAUCUGAUUAAAUGCACAUUAUUAUUGUUUAGCAUGGGUCGAACAAAUAAUUUUUGCUUGGUUGGAAUAGCAGCUACGCUAAUUAUGUCUCUAUUUGUUUCUCUGUUUCUGCCAGGAAUUACACAAGCUUCAGUAUGGAUCCAGAUGGAGAAGAGAUGAUGCCAAUCCCUCAGAGUACCUCAGAUGAUGCCAAUCCUGAAACAACAUACAGAAUGAGUGCAGAAACCUGUGGUUCAUGGUGCAAGGGACCUGAUAAGAAUUCUGUCUGGAGCGUGUGUGUCUGGGCUGACAGCGGGAGGAUACGACAGAAGCGUGCAUGGAUCAUUGAUUCGUUUACUAUUGAGGAAGAAUACCCUGGUCCGUUUCCAUAUAAAAUAGGCAAGGUUGAACUUGAUAGGUCUUAUUUAGUAAAUUACAUAUUACAUGGUGACGGUGUGGAUAAUGAUCCAAAGAAUAUUCUCAGCAUUGAUAAAUCAGGUUAUGUUUUAGUACAUGGAAAGGUGGACUAUGAAAGCGGCCCUAAAAUUCUCAGUUCGACAUUUGAAGCAAGAAAUCAAUCCAAUAAUGAAGUGGACACAAGACUUGGGCUUGAGAUCAAAAUAUUGGACAUAAAUGACCAUGCACCAAAAUUUCAAAAGUCAGUCUAUGAAGUGUCUGUGGACGAGUCACAUGAUCAAGGCAAGGAAGUACUGACUGUACUGGCUUCUGAUCAGGAUGAUUCAAGUACAAACAAUGGAACAUUCGUUUUCACAAUCAAGUCUGUCACACCAAAGACAGAUAAUGUUGAAUUUUAUAUUCAUCAGCAAAAAGAAUCUGGGACAAUUUAUUUGAGGGGGUGUUUGGACUAUGAGAAAGCUCAGAAAUACACACUCCUUGUUGAAGCAAAGGACGAAGGGGAAAAGAUACAGCUCUCAAGUACAAGUACACUGAUAAUCAAUAUUUCGGACAAUAAUAACAAUCUUCCAGAGUUCUCUGGCAAAACAGGACCAGGGAAGGUCAAGGAGAGAGAAACUGAGGUUGAAGUUCUGCGACUGCAAGUAACAGACAAAGACGUCCAUGGUUCAAAAGCUUGGAAAGCCAAAUACACAAUCCACGGAAAUAAAAAAGAAAUAUUCAAAAUAGAAACAGACCCUGUUACGAAUGAAGGGAUUUUAACAGUUGUUAAGCAAAUGGACUACGAGGAGCAAACAAAUCACAAUCUGUCCAUCAGUGUGCAAAAUGAAAUUCCUUACUUUUCCUGUAAGAUUAAAGAGAAAGUACCAAAUGCCAUGUGGGUGCUCGUCAAAAUACCCCAAAACUCUGAUAUGAGAGCUUCAAACCUCUAUAACAGCAUUCCAGUGACCAUUCAUGUAGAAGAUGUCAAUGACCCUCCGGUGUUUAUACCCCCUUUUAAAGAAGUUGUGGUAAUGGAGAACAUAGAUGUAGGAACAAGUCUUGCAACCUUCACCGCUAAAGACAUGGAUGGAAGCCACAUAAACACAUUUAAAUUUGUUACAGGUGAAGAUAUUGAUAAAUGGAUAACUAUUGAUGCAAAGACUGGAAAAGUUUCCACGAUUAAAAUUCUGGAUAGAGAGUCACCAUUUGUGAUAAACAGCACCUAUACAACAACCCUGUAUGCUGUGGAUGAAGGUGUUCCUCCGCUGACAGGCACUGGAACUCUAGUCAUUCACCUGAAUGAUCAAAAUGAUAACGUACCAAUACUGGAGAGGAAUGCAUUCAGCAUUUGCAUAGAUAAAGAGCCCACAAUGGUCAACAUCACAGCCGUAGACCUGGACUUUCCUCCAUUUGGAUCACCUUUCUACUAUGAGCUUUUGGGAGAUGUUAAGGACAAAUGGAGUGUUGAACCAGCUCAUGGCACAACGGUGAGUCUUGUAAAAGAAAAACGUGUGUAUUCAGGUCAUCACCUCCUCCAGAUCAAAAUAUCAGACCAGCAGGGAUUUUACUCCAUCCAGAACCUGACGGUCACGGUGUGUGACUGCUCUAUCACUCCCAACUGCCAUGUCAGGAUGGUCUCGCAGGCUCGGAUGGGGCCUGUUGCCGCCUGCUUGGUUGUUCUUGCAAUUCUGAUUCUCACAGCAAUGUGCUUAAUGAGUCUACUGAUGUCCUGCAAGGCAGAGAAAAAAAUGAUUAUGAUGGAUGAUGGCCUCGGUCAUCUCAUCACAACAAAUUCGGAAAAUCCAGGAACAGACUGCAUGGUGUCUUCCAGUGUAGGUAUUCACAAAACUGAUUCUUCCAAAGUAAAUGGCAUAAAUGCGACUAAAAAUAUAAACUCAAGCCAGAAGGUCACAACACAAACCGUAAUACAUAAAGGACAGCAGGCCAUUUCACAGGCUCCAUCGUCAGUCUACAACAACCAGACGUUCAAACACUCGACGUACAGAAAUUCCACAAGACGUACAUACAAAGAAAAUGUUCAGCAAUCGUGUAUGAGAUCAAGUUUUAGAGGCAAUUAUUCCUACACCAAAGCAUACUUGGAUGAAAACUUUGCCAUUCUCAUCAACCAGAAACUUGCUCUCCAAUCCCGUGAUGAGGAAUGUGGUAUUUACGAACCGCGCUGUUACGCAGAUGAAGGACAGCCUACAGCCAAUGAUGAAUUGGAUGCAAUAUCCAUUCCAGAGGAUGACUUUCAUCCAGAGAUGCUUAAAAAUCUGGACAGCAGGUUCAGUCAGCUAGCAACAAUCUCCAGACCUGACCUGAUGAGAAGGUGACAAUUAUCUCAGGAAGCAUGGCCUAAAUAUUAAUAUUUAGGACAAAAUGCAAAAAAAAAAAAAGGUCUUCAAAAGUGUUACUACUGUUCUACAGUAUCAGUGAUGAUAAAUAUAACCCCGUUUGCAUUUCCUGAAUGCAAAAAUCCACAGUGCUUGCAAAUCAACAAAGGAGUAGCAUUAAUCAUUUUAUGUGAGCUCAGGUUUUUGGCUUUUGUUCUGUUUAUUUUUCGUUCUGUAUUUUUUGCACUGUGUUCAUGGGGAACAAUUUGCUGACAUUUAAUGCAAAACCAUAUGGUGUAAUAUUUGGUGAAACCUGUUCAAAGAGUACAUGGGUGGAUGGUGAUAACAGCGUUUUUAGUUGCUGAUAAGCGUGUUUGAAGAUGUCUAUUUUGACUGUGUCAUGCAAACUCCUGUGACAUAUCUGGGUCUGUAGUUCCUCUGGGCGUCAAACCGCUUUGUUUCUGGUGUUUUUAAUCCUUCACUGUAAAAAUGUGAAACUCUGACUGUUUUUUAGUAUUAUUUGUACACUGACGUAUGAGAAUCGAUGAAUGUUUAAUAAAAC